GUACACAACAGGAAGAAUAUUCCAACUUCCCAUGAAAUACUGGAUAUAUCUGGGGAACAGAAUCUUGUACAAGGUAGUCUUAUAGAAGAUACCACCAUAAACCUUCCUAAAGUUAACUUAUCAGAAAAUAAUGACAUUUUUCAUUAUAGGGGUUUGCCUCCAUCUCAACAAGUUCUUUUGGAAAAUUAUAGAAACUCUAAAGAGCUUGUAAAGCUCAAGAUGGCAUCCAACCUAGCGAAGAGGUCCCUGAAAUUACGUCGAGCCACAUCAGAAGAGACACAUGGUGUUGCUGCACAGGGAACAAAUGAUUUGGGUAAAAUGGAAGGAAGGGCUCAGGCUUUGCUCAGUGGUUCUUACUUCAAGCUAAGCAAUAAGUCCAAGACUGUUCUACCAAGGACACCUUUGAGAGAUGAGACUGCAGGAAGUCAUGGAGCAACCAGCUCUGUCAGGACAACAUCAUUGUCAUCUCCUUUAUCAAACUCAAUCCAGUACAGUCCAGCUCCACAACACUUGAGCAGCCCCAAUUCUCAAGCAGAGAGAGUAGAGUUUGUCACUCAAAAUGGCAGCACUCGGAGGGUAGACACCAUCACAAUCUCUAGUUAUUCCAGAGCAAAAACAGGCCUUGGCGAAAAUGAUGCAGAAACCAAAGUUGGACCUACUCUCUCUACCUUUGUGGGAGGAUGGACCACAAAUGCCAGCUCUUUUCCACAGAAGACCGGCAGGCAGAUAAAUGAGACUGCAGUUCCUGAAACACUAGAAGCUCCAAUUAUGAGGCAUGCUGAUCCAAAAACUGAUUCACAGUUGCAUCUGAGGGUAUCUAGCAUCAAUCAAGAGGCAAUGAAUAGUGAAAGUAACAUUGUUUCCUCAGAUGGUACAAUACAAACAUUUAAAUGGAAAGAAAAGGCGGAAGCAGCAGGAAACCCAAUGCAGAAGUUCCUCAGAGGUGAAAGCAGGGUCCCAGGCCUUGCUCAUCUGCAGGCCUCUACGAAAUCCUCAUGCCUUGACAAAUCUAAGGUCACAGACUCCUUGAGGCCACUGAAGAAGACCUCAGACUAUGAUGACUACAGUGUUGAGGAGAGUCAGGAAUUUGAUAUCUAUGGGGAAGUUGAUCAGAAUCCACGUACUUUUUCUGGGAAAGUCCGACAAUAUUACAUUGCUGCUGAGGAGGUGAUGUGGGAUUACGGGAGCCAGAUUUCCUCUCCAUAUUUAAGAGACAAGAGUCCAAACAGCAGCUCAAAGAAGCCCUUCAGGCUGUACAAGAAAGUGGUUUUCCGCGAGUAUCUGGAUAGCUCUUUCACUCAGCAGCUGGACCGUGGAGAGUUAGAUGAGCACUUGGGCAUCCUAGGGCCAUACAUUCGGGCCCAAGUUGAUGAUGUUAUUGUGGUGACUUUUAAGAACUUGGCUUCCCGACCUUACACAUUCCAUUCCAACCUGCUACCCUAUGAGGGAAAAAGAGAGCAAGAGGAACAGCUCCGCCCAGAGGAGGUACAGCCCAACCAAGUCCGCGAAUACACGUUGAAAGUCCUGCGAGAAAUGGCUCCCACAGCUGAAGAGUUUGAGUGCAAGGCAUGGUUGUAUUUCUCCAGUAUUAACCUGGAGAAAGACUUGCACUCGGGUCUUAUUGGGCCUCUGAUUAUUUGCCAGCCUGGAGUCCUAAGCACUGUGCAUGGAAGGCAACUGUCCAUCCAGGAAUUCUCUCUGCUCUUCACCAUCUUUGAUGAGACAAAGAGCUGGUAUUUUGCUGAGAAUCUCGAGAGGAACUGUCCGUCCCCUUGCCACAUGCAGAUGGACAAUCCUGUCUUUAAAAUGAGCAAUUCUUUCUACGCUAUCAAUGGCUACGUGAGAGACACACUGCCAGGACUGGUGAUGGGUCAGCACCAGAGGGUCAGGUGGCACCUCAUGAACGUGGGUGGGAUUGAGGACAUCCAUUCAGUCCACUUCCACGGGCAGGUCUUCACUGUCAGAAUGGACAAGGAGUACCGCCAAGGAGUCUACAACCUCUAUCCUGGGUGUCAAAUUCCUCUGGGCCUAGCAUCUGGGACCAUUGCUGACUCUCAGAUCACAGCCUCAGAUCACUAUGGUCAGUGGGUCUCCAGUCUGGCCAGGUUGGAUAACUCGGGGUCAAUCAAUGCCUGGAGCACUGACAAGGGCAAUUCCUGGAUCCAGGUGGACCUCCUAUGGCCAAAGAUCCUCCAUGGGAUAAAGACACAAGGAGCUCGGCAAAAGUUCUCUACCCUCUAUGUCUCUCAGUUUGUCAUCUUCCACAGCCUGGAUGGACAGAAAUGGAAGAAAUACAAGGGCAAUUCCACCAGCUCCCAAAUGACAUUCCUUGGGAACGUGGAUGCAGCAACGGUGAAACACAACCUCUUCGACCCUCCCAUCAUAGCCCGCUAUAUCCGCCUCCACCCGACGCACUACAGCAUCCGUGUUACAUUGCGCAUGGAGCUCAUCGGCUGUGACCUGAACAGUUGUUCCAUGCCACUGGGAAUGGAAAGCAAAGCUAUCUCCAACCAGCAGAUCUCAGCAUCCUCAUACAUUGAUAAUGUGGUCUCCUCUUGGCCUCCCUUCCUGGCCCGCCUUAACAUGCAGGGGAGAAAUAAUGCAUGGAGGCCUAAGGCAAACAGCCCAAAGGAGUGGCUUCAGGUGAACUUCCAGAAGACCAUGCGAGUGACCGGAAUUGUGACCCAAGGCGCAAAGAGUGCCUUCACCCACAUGUAUGUGACGGAAUUUUCUCUCUCAAGCAGCCAAGAUGGCAAGCAGUGGACUCCUGUUUUUCAAGACGGGAAGGAUAAGAUUUUCCAGGGGAAUCAAGACUACUUCAGCCCAGUUGUGAAUCUUCUGGAUCCCCCACUCUUUGCCAGGUAUUUAAGAAUACACCCGCUCAGCUGGAAUCAGCGCAUUGCACUGAGGACAGAAUUUUUAGGCUGCGACACCCAGCAAAUGGUUGAGCACGGAUGAAUCUGCCUUUGCCUUGAAGGUGAAGUUUCCCAGGACCUGGAAUCCCCCAAGUGGGGCCAAAUGCGACUUUUGUAAAUUGAUGACACUCAAAUGAAACCUGUAUAUUUUUGAUAACUAUUUUUGUGACUUCAGCAAAUUAAAACGACCAAGAAAUAUGACAACACACUCGCUGGGCAUUCUUCUAUCCAGGAUUUUCUUAGGAUCAUGAUCCUGCACCGUUGAAUGAUGAUAUAUUACUUGUCUUCCUUCUCUCUGAUUCUUAUGCUGCACUCAUGAUCACAGGAGAGUCCUUCUGAGUUCAGCGGAGCUUGCCUUUGAGAAUACAUGUGUCCAAUAAGGGUGCAUUUUCAUCAAUCCAAGGGGUCGGAGUGGACAAUGGAAGAAAAAUCUCUUGAAAUAUAAUGCGUGAAUGAUUGGUAGCUAGCAGUGUGGAGACCCAGAGGAAUAUACAAUGGCAGAAGGAAAAAAACCCUCUUCCUCUCGGCAUCCUCAUAAUAGCUGAUUCCAUCAUCGUAAACACUGUUUUCCAAUAAUCUUCCUCCAGCAAAAGAUAUGUCCAUCCCUCUCAGGAUAUUACCGUUCCUGUGUCUUUCCCUGCUGGCAGAUUUCAAUCUUGUGCGCUCCAGUCAGAGGACAGCGCCGUGUAAUUAACGAGCUCUUGUCUCCUUGCCGUGUGUACUUUCUCCUGUUGUUUUUCUUCCCUUGACUGAUCCCUGAGCUUCCUCAGCAUUUAAAGUCCCUGUGGCGAACAGAGUCAGCAUUAUUAGCUGAUAAUAAUUAAUUAGCAAGC